GCCCAUAAGUUUUGUCGUCAUUUGGAAUACUGCGGAUUAAUGUCUACUGAUGCUCUGGGUUGUAAGUACACAUGGUGUAGAAUGCAACAUGGUCGGGUCAAGCUUAGAGAGCAAUUAGAUCGGGUUUUGAUGAAUUCUGCAGCUCAAGUAAUGCUACGAGGGCCGAAAACUAUUAAUUUGCCACGGACAUGUAGUGAUCAUCAUCUUGUGCUACUUGAUUUGGAUACUGCUGCAUCACUUCCUCCUGCAAAUAAACCCUUAAGAUUUGAAGUGUCCUGGUUAUCUCGAAAAGAGUUUAGUCGAGUCUUUUCGAUGGCUUGGAAUCUACAUUCCAAUGAUCUAUUGCAGGCUAUUCAGGAGACAAGUAGAGCAUGUGUUGCAUGGGGCAAAUCAAUGUUUGGAAACAUAUUUCAAAAGAAGAGACUGUUGAAAGCAAGGAUCGCCGGCAUUCAGAAUUCUCCGCGCUAUCAUAAUUCCGAUAGGCUCAGGGAUUUAGAAAGAGAAUUACUUCAUGAAUGCCAGCAAGUUCUAUAUGAAGAAGAAUUGCUAUGGUUUCAAAAAUCAAGGGUAGAUUGGAUUGCCUCCGGGGACAGAAACACUUCAUUCUACCAUUUAUCAACAGUAAUCAGGCACAACAAGAAUAAAAUUGGAGCUUUAAAGAAAGAUGGGGUGUGGAUCUCGGACACAGCAAUAUUAAGUGCUCACCUAACUCAACCUGCUACUUUGGAAGAGAUCAGGGUGGCUUUAUUCUCCAUGAAGGGAUUGAAGAGCCCAGGUCCUGAUGGUAGAAGUACAGUGGAUAACAUUAUCAUCACGCAUGAAGCUGUCCACUCCAUGAAGCAUUUAAAAGGGAAGAAAGGAGCUAUGGUGCUCAAGAUUGAUUUGCAUAAGGAUUUUGACAAUACCAACUGGAAUUUUCUUAGGCAAGUUUUGGUUGAUUUCAACUUUCCAGAGCAGCUAAUAAAUUUAAUUAUGUUCUCUGUCACUUCAGUUCAGCUUUCUGUACUAUGGAAUGGGGAACCAUUGUCUUUUUUCACUCCGGAGAGAGGGCUGCGGCAAGGGGACCCAUUAUCGCCUUAUUUAUUUAUUUUAGUCAUGGAGAAACUUGCACACAUUAUCCAGAGGAGAGUUUCGACUGGGAAUUGGAAGCCUUUUAAAGUUUCACGAGGGGGUGCGGCUCUUUCACACCUUUUUUAUGCCGAUGAUCUAAUGUUGUUCGCAAAAACCUCGGAAUCACAAUUAAGUGUUAUGAUGGAUUGUUUGGAUAGUUUUGCUAAGAGUUCUGGACUGGUGUUGAAUCUUCAGAAGUCAAAGCUCUAUACCUCUCCAAAUGUUCAACCUACUGUGGCUAAUGCACUAAGUCUUGCGUGUGGUAUUCCGCUUACUUCCAAUUUGGGGACUUAUUUGGGCAUCCCUAUUAGUCAUGGUUGUCACUCCCAUAAAAAAUAUCAGUACAUAUUAGAUAAAAUGCAGCAGAAACUAGCCAACUGGAAGAGUGCUAAUCUAAGAGUAUGGCUGGUAGGUUGGGAUGUAGUUUGUUCAGAGAAAAAGGCUAGUGGACUUGGACUACGAGCAGCGAGGAAUAAUAACAAAGCUUUUGUCUCCAAACUUGGUUGGAGGAUUUUCAGGGGUGACAAUGCUUUAUGGUGCCAAGUUUUACGGGGUAAAUAUCUACGUGGAGCAAGUUUUUUUUAUGUUAUGGCUGCACAACGUUCCUCUCCCAUCUGGCGUGGAAUUCUUCAAUGCCGAUCAGUGUUGAGAAUGGGAAUUAAAUGGAGGAUAGGUUUUGGGGAAAAUAUUGAUUUCUGGAAGGAUUUAUGGGUAGGUCACAAGCCUCUGAACAGCUAUUGGUUACAGGGUAGUUUUGAAGCUCCUCCUACACUGAAAGUUGCAGAGGUAAUAACUCAGGAUAAGGAAUGGGAUUUAGAGGCCUUACACGAUCUUGUUUCGGAUGAGUUAGUAGAUGCAAUACGGGCCAUACCCUUAUCCAAUUCACUGCAGAACGAAGACAACAUGUUCUGGGCUGGCACGAGAGACGGUUGUUUUUUAGUUAAGUCAGCAUAUCAGAUAAUUCAAGAGCAGCGGAAUCUCCAGUUCUCAAAUGAUCAAGCAUGGAGUUGGAUCUGGAGACUUAGUAGCACCGAGAGGAUUCGAAUGUUUGUGUGGUUAUUGAUUAGGGGGAGAGUUCUUACAAAUUCUAUAUGCUUUGCUCGGCACAUAGUAUCUUCUCCAAUCUGUCCGCGAUUUGAGUCAUCCAUUGAAACUCCUUUGCAUCUAUUACGUGACUGUUAUUUUGCUAAAGCGUUGUGGGGAUUGUUGGGUUUUAACACUCCAGAGUUUUUUGCUUUGGAUUUCUCAACAUGGCUAAAGAAAAUGUCUAGGCCUCCAAGCUCAAAUGCUCAGGAUACAUUGCCUAGAGACACAUUAUUUCUCUCGACGAUUUGGCACCUCUGGAAGGCUAGGAAUGCACUUAUGCACUUAUCUUCAGAUCGCUUGUCUCUCGACCUCAGGAUCUAUGUUCCACUAUUGUACAGCAUGCUCGAUGGUUCUUAUAACCAUGAAAUGGCUUCUACGAGUGCCGGUGGUCUGAUUAGAGACACAAUAGGACGCUGGAUUUCAGGUUUUAUUGUCAAUAUAGGCAGUGCAUCAGUUCUUCUAGCAGAAUUGUGGGGAUUAAGAGAAGGACUUCGCCUUUGCAGAGCCUUGAAUCUCACCCAUGUGGUAGCUGAAAUGGAUUCUAUGAUUGCUGUCCGACUCAUUAAUGAAGGCCGGGACCUGGAGAAUUCAACUACCAAUUUGUUAUUAGAUAUACGAAACUUGAUGGCUGAGUUUGAGGUUUGCACUUUACAGCACAUCUUGCGUGAAGGUAACUCUGCAGCUGACUUUUUGGCUGCUUUGGCACACUCCUCUUCUCCAGGCACCACCAUUUUGGACUCUCCACCAACUGGACUAUACUCUAUCCUGAUAGGGGACUCUAUUGGGGCUAGUUUCCUCCGUUACUAGUUUUUUUCUGCGCUGUUGUUUGCUUAGUUUUCAUUGAUGUACCAAAAAAAAAAAAAAAUUAUUUUAUACUU